AUGACUAGCACUCCUCGAUCUGUCCAGGUACCUACCCCCAAACGUCUCUCCAAGAUGCCCUCCAAUCAGGCUGUGAAUUUGAAUCAUCUCCUCAACUUCACCUUGCCUCCGAGGCAGACCCGGCCCUUGAGUAACCUGCCCAGGAGGAGCAGGAAGACAGGUACAUCGCAAGGUGUCUGGAACAAAGAACGGUUUGUGAAUGCUCAGUAUCGCUUCGUCAUGAAUCCUACGGGUGAUUACACUGUGCAUUUCGCUGAUCCGGAUAUCUUUUUCCAAUGGCAGGACAUUCUUCAGGUUAUCAUACCUCGUUCGUCCGCAUUAGCAACCGCUGCCGCAUCGGAGGAGCUCUCUGGACAGGGUGAAGGCUAUACUACAUGCCCAAUUUGUCUUUCUCCCCCAACUGCACCUCGCAUGACAAAAUGUGGUCAUGUCUUUUGCUUCCCUUGUAUUCUGCAUUAUCUAAGCACAUCGACGAACAAAUGGGCUCGUUGCCCUAUAUGCUUUGAUUCUGUCAAUGAGAGGCAACUUAAGAGCGUCAAAUGGUACGAUGGACCUGUGCAGUCGGAUGAAGAUGUUGAUAGCAUGCACGCCGAGGGAUCAUCGUCGUCAUCCACCGUCAAUUUAGGAUUUGAUAGCACGACGCCUCGUGCUGGAUCUUUCUUGCGAAUGAGACUCGUCCAGCGUCCGCAAAUCACUACGCUUGCGCUACCCCGGUCGCCCACAUGGCCUUCGGACCUCCUUCCUCCUCAUCAGGCUCCCUUCCACUUUCUCCACGAUGUUUUCAGUUUUGCAAAGUUUAUGUUAGCGACACCUGCGUAUCUCAUUGCCAGUUUAGCAAAAGACCUCGAUGAACUUGCAGACGAGCGUCGCAUUUUAUCAUCAAUGAACGACACUCUCGGAGUCAUGUUCAUUGAUGGUGCAGACCAUAAAGUCCGAGAACAGAUUGCCAAAGCUGCUGCGCUAGAAACACCCGCUCUCAAGGAAAAAAUUGAAAAGGCCCAACACGCUCAACAGGAGAUCGACGAAAGAGUGGCUUUUCACACCCAGAGAAAGAAAGCCGAGGAAGAGGCAUACUCAUCUGCAUCUACACUUGUAUCUGAGAUUCCCCGCGAGUUCCUUGAAUCUCGAUCAAACAUAGCCAACGCCCCUAACCCUCCAGUGCGACCGGCGGUGGAAAAUAACAUUCCUCCCCAAAGUCGCAACCAGCCGCGCCAGCGACGAAAUCUCAAUCCACCUCCUCCAUCAACAUCAACUUAUUAUUAUUACCAAGCUGCCUCCGGCCUUCCCCUGUUUUUGCACCCUCUCGACAUAAGAAUCUUGUUAUCUCAUUUCAACAGUUACUCCGCCUUUCCAGACACAAUCACAGUUCGGGUUGAAUCUGCAAACGAAGGUUCUGUUGAUGACGAUCUGCGAAAACGGUGCAAAUAUCUGGGUCAUAUGCCAGAGGGUGCAGAUGUGGUGUUCGUUGAAGCCGAUCUGGAGGGAGUUGUCGGUGCUGAGGGCCUCAAGAACUUUGAAGGCCCUCUAAAAAUGCGUACGUCACGUAGGAAGGAGAAAGGCCGUAAAGAAGAUCGCGCUCGUCAGCGAGCAGAAGAAAAGGAGAGGGAGAAUGCACAUCUACCAUGGCUGUCGUCGGCUGGGUACAGUACAAGCGCUCCCGUUUUAAUUGCAGACCUUCCUAGAGAAGACCUUUCUGCGUUAGGAGAACUAUCUCCAGCGGGCUCUUUGCAGACAGACACACUGCCUCCAGCUCCAGUUGUUACAGCACCGGGUGCUUGGGGCGCUAGGAGUUUUGCUUCUGCGUUGCACUCUUCGUCUCCUGCGAAUCGUUCCUCUGCCGGAUCGCAAAGAACGAGACAAAGUGUCGAAGAUGAAUGGGAUAUUGACGUUGCCUGGCACGAGCUUGAGCAACGAAGCGGCAACAGCGGCGGGCGCAGAAAGCGUGCAAACAAACUAGUAGUGCUGGGCAGCGGUGGCGGUGGGGCCCGCCGACGGUGA